AUCAAGUAUCCCAAAGGGAGAGGGAUAGCCAGGACUCAGACCUCACUCCUGGCUGAGGUGAUAUCGCUGCAGGCACUGCUGGACCCCUACGCUGAACCACCAGCCAUGCCCUACUGGCCCUUUUCUACCUCUGACUUCUGGAAUUAUGUGCAGUAUUUCCAGACCAUGGGCGCCUACCCCCAGAUGGAGGACAUGGCCCGUACCUUCUUUGCACACUUCCCCUUGGGGAGCACCCUGGGCUUCCAUGUCCCCUACCAGGAAGACUGAGCAGUAUCCAUUCUGCUGUCUGCCUGGUUGCACUGGCUGGGUCCUGAGGCAGUCCAGAGCCACAGUGUUGGGCAAGGGGUGGAGCUCAUGCUCAAUAAACUCCAUCUGAAGAUGCACAGCAGACCUGUGGUUCUUUCAAGACACGGCUGCACAAGGUCCCCUCUGUUUUAUGACUCCAUGAAUUAGCUGGGCUUUAUUUUGAUGACUGGUGAGCAUGCCUUUAAUAAACAUGUACAUGAUUUCCAUCCAUAGGCACAUCAACCAGGGGUCACCUGUCCUUCAAGUCUCAU